AUGGGCGGCAGAUGCGACACGGUCAACAUCUCUGGCUCAUCACUUUUGGGAGAGGUGAAUGUCACGGUCACCGGCGAUGCGGGCUCGAUGGGGAUUGUGAUUGAGCCGGCAUACUUCCCGGGGGAGAGAUUGAAGACGAUGGACUACACGACGCUGCAGGCUUUGACGUUGGGCGACCGCGGCGUCGAGGAGCCUGUCAGCGUGAACCAGAGGGCCUUGGUUGACAAGAUCUUGGCCCGCUAUGCCUCGGAGAACACCACCCUAAGAGAACUGCUGCAAAACUCCGACGACGCAAACGCUACCUCCGUCGAAAUCCACUACGAAACAAAGUCAAAACUCCCCCUCAACCCCACCACUCUCCAACGCACCCGUGCCUCCCGUCUCAUCCUCAAAAACAACGGCUUCCCCUUCCGCGACCAAGACUGGUCCCGCCUCAAACGCAUCGCAGAAGGAAACGCGGACGAAUCCAAGAUCGGAGCGUUCGGUGUUGGGUUCUAUUCUGUUUUCAGUGUUUGUGAGGAUCCCUUCGUUAGUUCGGGUGGGGAAUGUAUGGCGUUUUAUUGGGGGAGGACGGAGGGGACGAAAGAUCAGUUGUUUGCUAGACGGGCAAAGGUGGGAGGGGAGCAUGAAAAGGAUGGGUGGACGACGUUUGUGUUGAAUAUGAGAGAGGAAAUGGAACUGCCGAACCUGCCGGAUUUGUGUCGGUUUUUGACGACGUCGCUGACGUUUGCUCGGUCACUCGCCAAUAUCAGCCUUUUCUUCGACUCGAAACCUCUCAUUACCAUUUCGAGAAUCUCAUCACCCUCAUCUACCCUCUCACUCCCAACGACACUGAAAUACACUUGUCCGCAGAAAAUGCUGAAUCUCCAAAGUGUCGCAAGCUCAGCAGUCCAAAUCAGCGUGGAGUACCUCAACGCUGUCCUCUACAAGCCUGAUCGCGGACCCGACACCAGUUUCAGAGGACGCUUCCUAAAGUUCGUCACCGCUGAGCCCGAGAAACCAAAAGUGACACCCGACUGGAUGGCACGCACACAAGCAACCGCAUUCCUCCGCGUCGCAACAGCGAGCAUAUCCUGCUCCGUAAAACCUUCCUACGCCCAAAACCUUUCCCGAGCAACCAAGAAACCACCACCAAAACAAACCUCACUUUCCCUCCUCUGUAUCAACAAAGACGAAUACGCCGCAUCCUCGGUGACUGAUCCAGUUUUCCGAGACCUUGUUUCGUUCCCGAAUCAGGGACGUUGUUUUAUUGGGUUUCCUACGCAUCAGACGACGGGUGUUGCGACCCAUUUGGCUGCGCCGGGCUUGAUUCCUACGGUUGAGCGCGAGUCGGUUGAUCUCGUUGAUCCAUUUAUUAAGAUAUGGAAUUUCGAGAUGUUGUAUGCGGCGGGUAUUUUGGCUCGAAUUGUUUAUCACACUGAAUUAGCUGCACUCCCGGGAGGCGAGGCGGGGUGGGAGAGAGCGAUACAUACCAUGCAGCUAUUUACCGUGCAUGGGAGUACCCCCAGUGCGAAGAUUGGACAGAGCAUUGAAGAGGCGUUUCAUGAGUGUAGCAAGAACUACUCAGUACCGAUUGUGAGUACGCAGGGUGUGUUGCCCUCCAGCGAGGUGAGGCUACUCGGGGAUAGCAAGAUCACGUUCUUGGAGAAGGUUCCGGUCGUGCCGAGGGUUGUCGAGGAAGCGAAGGGCGCGAGUGCGUUUUUGGAUAGGAUGGUGGAGAUGGGACUCAUCGCCGCGGUUGGGGUUGAGGAUGUUGUCAGAGAAUUGGAGGCACGGCCUUUUGGGUAUGCGCAGGUAAAUGAUUUGUUGGGGUGGAUGGGUGGGAACGCUAUGACACUGCAGGACAAACAGCGGAUCUUGAAUGUUGCGGUUGCUGUCGCGGAAGAUGGAAGCGUGUAUAAUCUGGGCAAGGGACGGUGGUUCUUGAAUGCGAAGGUUAUUCCGGAAGGGUGGCCGGUGCCGUUGACGUGUGUGCCGUAUGCGUUGACGAAGAAGCUGGAUAGGUUUGCGUUGGAGAUGUUGGGGUGGGAGGAGUUGGAUCCCCUGUCGUGGGUCAAGUGGAUUUGUGACACCAAGAAGGAUGUGGUUUUGAAGGAUUUGGAGGGGGAUAAGGAGUUUGCGGUGACUGUUUUGGGUGUUGUGAGUAGACAGUGGGAGAGCCUCAGUCCGAGUACGAGGGGUGGGUUGGUUGCGUUGUUGAGAGGGAAGAGGUGUGUUCCCACGCGGAAUGGGAUGAUGAAGCCCGAGGAGGCGUAUUUCCAUACGGUAAAUUUGUUCCAAGAUCUUCCGGUUAUUGAGACGAUGAAGGGCGUCAAGGAGAAGGUUCUCAUACAGCUUGGGGUGAGGAAGACGGUUGAGUUGCAGAUUGUGUUUGAUCGGUUGUUUAAGGGUGGGGAGUGGAGUCAUGUUGAGCUCAUCACGUACUUGACGGGUGUGAAGGAUGAUAUCCCGAAGAAGGAGAUUGAGAGGUUGAAGAAGACGCCGAUGUGUACGGCUGAGGGUGAUCCGACGAAACGGUAUCUGGCGAGUGAUUUGCAUGAGCCGAAUGAUACGUUGAGAGCUUUGGGGUUGCCUAUCCUGCAGUGGAAGACGAAGGAGAAUAAGGCUUGGAAACCGUUGAGCGACGAGGCGAGGUUUUUGUAUAUGUUGGGGUUGAGGAAGUACCCGACUGUCGAUAAAAUUCUUGAGCUUGCGGCGAGCGAGGAUGUGACGUUGAGGAACAACGCUCUGGCGUAUUUCAUUGCUGGGUAUACUGGUCAUGGAUACGUCCGGGACUACAAACCGGCGAAUGUCCAGCAUGCGUUCUGUCCGGCUGAACCGGACGUUAACGGGGUUGUGAAGCUGUACAAGCCUACCAUGGUUUUCACACAACCUCUUGCGGCGAUGUUUGGGUUUCCAGUGUUGAGGAGAGAUUUGUGGCCUGCGUCUUUGCAGCUUGGCGUGAAGGCCGAUCCUCCGAUUGACAAGGUCGUGAAUCGGUUGUUGCAAAAUCCGCCGGUUACUACAGAAAUUGCUAGAGUGCAAUUUGAGUACCUGGCUGGGAGAACGGGUGAUAUGGCCAUUGAGUAUGUCAACCAACUUUCGAACGCGAAUAUCGUGCCUAUUGCGACGUCAACGGGGAAGAUCAAGCAUGUUGCGCCGAACACCUGCUUUCUGAAUACGCAGAGCUCCGAGGCAUCUUUCUAUCGCGAGAUCUUCUCCUAUGUCGACUUUGGUAGUCUUGCGAACGCCUUUCUCAAGCACGUGGGAACUAAGUUGGAGCCGACGCAAAUGCAGAUUGCGGAAAUGCUGGUGAAGAGUCCUGGUGACAUUUAUCGCUUGGCGCAGACAGACGACAAGUACCUUAGCUUGUUGAGGCAGCUGGCAAUUAACAUUGCUUCGUUGCGGAAGAACAGGGGUUUGUUCGAACAGUUGAAGCAACGACCAUUCUUGUUGGCGCACAAGGUCAUCCCGGCCAGCGACGGCGCCCAGGCCGGUGACGAUGACGAGGAUGACAUGCAGUCGCACGUUCUAGCCGCUGCGUCUGACAUCGUCAUUGUUGAUGACUUUGUCUCGUAUAAUCAUUUCAAGAGCGACUUGCUCGCUGCACCCCAGGAAGACGCUUUAGAGUCCUUCUAUGAGAUGCUUGGCGCUUCGCGUGUCUCAAAUGUUAUCAAGGAGAAUCAUCGUGUUGCAGGUAUUGCGAAAGCAACCCAAGACACGGAGGAGCUGCGCAAGCUCAUCAACGAACGAACGAGUCUGUUCUUGCACGAGACCAGUGAGGCAGUGGCAUAUGAUGCGAAAUGGCUUGCAAGAUGUUUGCGUGUCGUCAUGGUGGACAAGAUUCAGUUGCAAAGAACAAUGCAGUUUGGUACGCGGGUCUCCACUCAGGCUCAGACGACAUCCGCCUUCGUUCAGCAGAUCAAGGGUGCCUGGCAGUUGAACGUCACUCCGAAUUGGGACUUUUAUGAUAUUGCACAAGCACUCUGUAAGCUAUUGCUGGUCAAGUCUAAAGUGCAUGACCCUCUGUUGUUUACGUCACUGCUUACUACAGAUUUGAAGUUGCUGAGGAGACGUGGAUAUAACGUGGAUAGGAUUUUGGCUAACAAGGAGGAAGCACGGAAGCUUGCAGAGCAGAAGAGACAGAAAGACCUAGAAGAGCACGAGAAAGCUCUGGCGAUAGAGGCCGUCAAGGAGAAGGAGAGGGAGAAGGAGAGGUCUAUACAGGUUGAGGGGACUCCUCGCACGCCGCAGAAGCCUAUUCCGGGGGCCUUCCCUGAGUCAACCGGGAAGCAUACUCUCAUUCAGACACCGUCAGGGCAUCAGGAAUCUCAAGAUUUGUACGGUAAGCUUCGGCGUAAGCUUGGUUGGGGUGGCAAUACCGAUAAUACGAGUGUCGGGACUCUGGAUCAUCGCCCUUCAAACUCCAAUACGGAUAUGGCACCUAUCCAUAAGGGUACAGUUGAGCAUGGUCCUCUCGCAGCUCCCGCGGAAAAAGUUACGUCAACCGCAAAGCUAGAGCAGACGCUCAGAUAUGCUGUUUCCGCUUCCCACCCUGCCGAUGCUAAGCAACUUGUGUCUCCUCCAACCAUGACAACUGUGAAAGAGGCUGUGAGCACGUACUGUGAUUCUUCUUCGGGACAUAACAGUCGCUUGGUGGGCGAAGUCUCAGGGAUUCGUUUCUACGUCAGUGAGGAUGUACCGGACGAAGAGCGUGACAAUGCCCUUGCUUACUUCGCUAAGGACUUGAGAGAUUUUGUUGACAUUCUCAAACGUCUCGCAGGAGUGUUUGACUGCGAAUACCGGGUCUUCAAUAUUUUCUAUGACAAGAAGGGUCCGAAUAUUGCGUUCAACCGAGGUGGUACGAUCUACUGCAACCUCCGUUACUACUUGCAAUUGCACGCUGGGGAUGCUGGUCGUGGCAAGACUUCGGACGCAGUUGUCUACUGGUAUGUAUCGCUUGCGCAUGAGUUUGCACACAAUUUAGUUCAGGAGCAUUCGGCUGGUCACAGUUUUUACACGGAGAGUUUGAUUAGUCAAUACUUUGGCAGGGUUGUGCCGCUGCUGGCUGGCCCAGGACAGCUGCAGCUUGAGAAUUAG